AUGGCAGACGAGCUCGUAGAACACCGGUUCGUGCAGAUAUACCAAGCUUGUGAAAGGGCAUCAUCCAAGCUCGAUGACUUUUGGAACACACUUGCUCAGACAUCAGCUAUUGCAGUAUCUCAUGGUUGCGAGAAAGUAUACGCUCGAGUCACGCAAAGCAACAAGGACCUCGACCUUCUCCAAACUGUUCAAAGUCUGCAAAAUUUGAUGCUCACAAACGAUGAUUCAACCAAAAGCGCCAUCUUGUUGCGUACCAUCACACGACUGUUGAUAUUUAAUCAAGAACAUGCGACUGAUAAAGCCAAGAUACAGUUUCAUCACUGCAAAACGGACUCUCAGCAAGUACAUCCCUAUGCUACAUUGAUGCGGCAAAAGCCCACCUUGUACUUUGAUUUACUGGAAGAGGUCGACUAUGUGAUUUCCAAUCAUGCGUCUGUUGCUAUCUCUAUGUCACAUGGAUUCAUAUCAGCCAUUUUUUUGACAGAAAACGCAGUAGAUCCAAAUGCAUUCUUGAUUCGACUUACCAGUGCCAUUAUGACGAAUGGCAUCCACAGCAACAAUAGCAUGAUGACAGAUAUCUAUGCCUGCACAUCUAACAUCCUGUUUCAAUACCCAUUGCAGAAAGAGAGUGGUCGAUAUCUCUCGUUGGUAGACUUUUUGAUGUGGAUAACCAUUAUCAACAAGCCCUAUCAGAAACUGCAAGCAGAUCGAGCCACAGUCAGCACAACUGAUUACAUCUAUCCUUUCAUGGAUCGCCUAAUCACUGCGUCUUCCAAAAAGUAUCCCAUCAUGAGCUAUCUUGCUCGCUUAGAACGCAUGAUAGCAGACUGCUCCAAUGAUGUGCUCUCAGAUGUGAUUUGGGUCUGUUUGGCCUACAUACUCUUUGGAUCACAGAAUGUCACUGAACAGCAAGCCAUCAUGCGAUUGAUAAAGUCCAUGCGCGCCAAGGUCAGCAGCAAUGUGUCUCGUAUUGCUUAUCUGCCACUGUAUCAAUUGUUAUCUGAAUUGAACGAUAAAGACGCCUCAACGGAUCUCAAGACGCUUAAAGACGACACCUUGAACAUGCUCUACCAGCUUGACAACAUCAAAAAUACCGCUAGCUUUGAUCAAACAUCUAAACAACAUAUGCAAACAUUGACCCAAGCCAACACCAUCUAUGGACUCCUUGCUCACCUCCUUGUCUAUCUGGAUGGCUUCUACAACGACAGCAUCCCUGUGCUCAUCCAAAGCUACAAUGCAGGCCCUGAUACCACUUUGACACUCAACAUGCUCUUCAGCACACCUCAUGCGUACGAUGCUGAUUUGGACACGCAAUGUAUCGUUUUGAGCCGCAUCACAGAAUUAUCUUCGCUAGUAGAGACGUCUUGCAAGUUUCCCAUGUUGCUGUUCCUUCUUCGCAUGCUUUGCGCUUCCUUUGAUGAGCCUCGUUUAGUCGCCCAUCUGUUUAAGGAUGUGAUUCCCAUGCUUGCAGAUCCCAGUGACCCUACUCUCACGAGCAAAGUGCUUCAACUAAUUCUGUCAUCUAUCAGCAGUGGCGAUACCAUGGCUAGUUUGGGUGUCAAGGCACUUGCACACACACAUCAACGCCAACCUCGUGUAUGGCAGGAACUGAAAAAGGUAUUUGCUGAAUGGGUGCUGCGUCGCAAGUCAGGCACGGUACGUCGCAAGGUGGACCUCUCUGUCAGUGGCCCUAUCAAGCUGGAAUUGGCUGUCUUGACUACCAUGCGAGAUGUGUGCAAGACCAAACCAAGAGAAUGUGCUCCUGAUGUGCUGCCCAUGGUCAUGUCGUUGCUACAGACAUGUCAAGACCUCAGCAUGGCGUCGCUCUCUAUUCUCAUGACAACCAUCAAUCACUGUAUCACAGCUGGUUUGGUUGAGCCUCGCUCUAUUUGGAACAUUACUGUUGUCUAUCUCGCUCAAUUUGCAGUAGAUCAAGGCACACAAAAGUCUGCUCUGCUUGUACAAGAACUGUGCACAUUUUACUCGAUUGCAGGCUCGAGAAAUGACACUUCUGAACCCUACCUGCAAUUCAAGGAGCAUUUGCUGACUGAAUUUGUACUGCCCUUGAUUGACUCGAACGAUCAACACGCUGCUCAGCAUGCCAUGCUCGCCUUGUCCAAGUUUUCUGCUCAAGACAUGGCCAUUGUGUUACCAGAAAAGGCAGCUGAAUACGUACAACAUGCCACUCCCACAGACGAUCAUCCCAUUGAGAACCAACAUUUGGUACUUGCUACACUCAUGUCAAACGAACUGGAUCAUAUGCGUCGUGGUUUGUUCAAGGAAGAAAACAGCAAGAAGCAAGUAACUUCUUCUACCAGCAGCAAACAGCAUAUUACAAAUGAUGCUGGACAUGUGGUGGGUGAGCACGAAAUAGAGAUACAAGCCUUGUUAUCACAGCUUUGGGAAGACGCGCGCGUUGCUCCAGGCCUUCGCUCAGGCUAUGCUAUUGCCAUGCUGUAUACAUUGAACAGCAGGGAUGCGCCUACCAAGACACUGCAGGACAUGAGCAAAACCAAAUGGUAUCGCUUCAUGGUCACUUCUUUUACCGAUGUCUCUUUGACAGACCACUUGCUGCUUCGUGUGUCCAGCAUUGGAUCCUGGAAAUCCUUCUUUCAAAACGCACUUUCUGACACUAAAAACGAGCUGGAAGCCAUGGCGUCUAUUCUAGUCAAGGAUCUGCUGGCUCGCUUAGAGAGAAGUACGGUGCCUGGUGUUACUUGCAACAUUGCUAUGGCCAUCACUGGUCUUGUGCUUGUCAUUCAACUGUACACGCCUUCGUAUGCUGCUUCCUGUGCAAAUGAAAUCAUUGACAUCUUGAUGAAGAACUACAUUGUGUUAUCUGGAUCGCCCUUGUCGCACUCUGCUCAUUUGAUGAGCGAAGAAGUCCAGUUUGCAGCUAGAUUUGCAUUGGGUCAUCUUGCUACUUGCAUCAUUAGUAACGAAAAGGUAGUUCAAGAAAUAUACAAGGUACUGUUGGAUGCAGCUACCAGCAGCACAAACAGCAAGUAUAGAAAUAUCGAUACCUCGGUUGACCUCAUUCAGUUUGCCAACGGUUACGCGGCUGGGCAUUUCGUAGCUUCAUUGACAGUGUAUCCCACAAUGACGGAUAGCAUUGGCAACUUGAAAACAGCUGGUUUGGCUUCUUUGCAACAGUAUUAUACGCUGGAUGAUGCCUCGGAUAGCCGUGUUGUUGGCAUUUUGAUGGGUCUCGCUUCCAAACUCAAGCCAGCACUGAUGUGCGAUGCAGACACAGUGGGCGAUGAAUUGAACGUGGCUAGCACCAAACUCAAAGAGUACCUCAAUGGUGGAAGUAUUUGCAAAGGUCUCUUGUUAGGCUCAACUUGGGUUGUGGCCUUGGGCGCUCUUCAAGAGUACGGUGUCGAAUACGAUUACUCCAAUAUCAUUGAGUCUGUCAUGGCAGCUGCUUCUCGCGACCCCAAUUUAGCACAACACUUUUAUCAUUUCGUAGUUCCUUAUACACAAAUCUUAUACCACGGCUAUGUCCAUGCGGAUGCUGAUGAUGAAACAGCAGUGUCUCAGUAUACUCAGGCAUUUGAGCCCUUGUUUGACAGUAUUCAAUCAGACGAUGCUUCUAGCAAUUAUCGUAUUGCAAGCUUAUUCGGCAUUGCUACUCUGCUUGGCGUCGACUAUCUCAACCGAAAUGCUACCAGCGAUUUGUAUGCAGAAGCACAGCGCUAUCAAGCUUCAUCGAGACAAGCUGGUCUAGAUAAAUUAGCUGCCAUUACGGGCCUUACUGUCAAAUCUGCUCCAACAGGCAACUUGAAAAGUGGUCGUAUCGCUGCUGCUGCGUGCGGUAAAGUGUUGGCUCACACCCACUUGCUAAUGCAAGCCCUAGAUUCAGAUCAGUCGACGACAGGUGUUUCUUCCACUGCAGCAGAUACUAUGGCGGCGCUUGCGUCUGCUUCUUCAGAACCCAUCAACUACAAUCGUCUCAACAGCAACACCAGUUAUUUGAGGGCCGUCUUUGAUAAGCUUGCUCAACUCGCAAGCAGCUCGAUUUCAAGCAACAAGCACAAUAUCACCAUGCUGCUCAAGAGUUUUGUCAAGACACCAGGGCCACUGCCUCCUGUCAAUUGGUUUGCCCUGCUUCUCAAGCUGAGCAAAUCAUCGCCAGACAUGCAACAGCUGUGUUUCUUGUUUGCAUCCACACAUGCUGCGACUUCCUUCUCGCUGUCAGAAUACCUUGCAACCCAGACGAUGGCUCUUUUAAAAGAGGGUAAUAGCACAAAAUCUAAAUGCUUAUUUGCAAGCAAUGGUGGCCUUGUAGAAAAUGCUUUUGGUACACUGCUUAUGCUGGGUGGAUUACCUCGCGUGAAGGGAGUAUCCAAAGAGGAGGAAAAGAGACGACGUGGCAUGAAUGCAGUAACCAAGAAGAUGAGUAUAUCUGAAAGUCGAAUUUUGGAGCUUGUAAAGCAGCUGGCUGAGCGAUUUCAGUCGUUUGAUCAAGACAUGCAGUAUGCAGCAUUAUCCACUUUGGCAGAUCAUUUGCCGUCCUCUGAAGAACAGUUGGACGAAAGUAAAUCUAAGCUUGUGUCUUCACUUUACACACUGAUCUUUGAGUCGGUAAUUAGUCAAAUACUAUGCAACAAGUCCACGACGGAGAAAGUGCUUCGUCAAGCAGUAUCAUGCACUCGCACCGAGAGCAUCAAUCAGUUAUUACCAACCGGAAGACUGGAAGAUUGGGACCAUGUCAGCCCUACCGUCAACUAUCUAGUCUACCUCUGUGAAUCAUAUCAUUUGUCGAAAAAGAAGCAAACCACCAUCAAGUACAUUAGCACGGCUAUAACUCAUUUGAUUGGAAAUGGUGCCACUGAAAGCGAAAACUGCUGGAGAGUUGUUGCAGACAUGAUUGCCAAUAAUUGUCGAACAGAUCAAGACGCGUUAGGAUGGAUCAUUCGCGUAUUGGAUGCUUUUGUUGUCUACAUUAGUAGCUUCCAUGCUGCAGAGCAGCCUGAUCAAGACGUGCUCAUGAAGGCCAUUCAUACAGGCUUUCAUGCUAUUUUGAUAGAAUUGCGUUCUAGUCCAGAGAAUGUCUCUGACGUGCCACUGCAAAUUGCAGAUACAGCUUAUCUCCUCGGCUAUUUUAUUGGUAUUGCAAGCGAGCAUAAGACGGAACAAGAACAGAUUGUCAAACGUAUCUUUAAACUGUUGGGCAUGGUGCGCCACUUGCAAAGUGCUGACUGUACCGAUUUCUUCAAGAGUGUCGUACUAGGCAUGCCCUCUGUGUAUUUGCUACAAUACCAAAUGUAA